AUGACGGAGCAUACUGAGAAUGGUCCUUCAGAGUAUGCUUUUUGCGAACCCGAACGGGCCCAGCCUAUUGAGCUCACAGAGCAUAAGUCAUCUACAGAUGUAGGUCCUACCAUGAUUCCUACUGACGGUCCUUCUGAGCCAACCAAUGCGUUGGGCCCGAAGAAAGAGUGUUGUAAUUGCAGCUCCGUACUGGUCAAGUAUACGUGCCCUGAGUGUGAUCGGCAUACAUGUUCGCUGCAUUGCGUCAAUGAACACAAACACCAUUACAACUGCACUGGCAUACUUUCCGUCACCAAGCAUGUUGACUUGAGCGAAUAUACUGGUCUCCAGAUCCAGCGAGAUUACCAUUUUCUGGAGGACUGCAGGCGGAUUAUUGACAAUGCUGAGCGCUCCUUUAUCAUGCCUGAUGCACCUCAAUAUAAAUUUCACGCACUUCCUCCAAGUCUACGCACGUUGCGCGAGGAAGCAGGCAAAAGAGGUGUGAUUUGCCAAAUCAUGUCUGAAGGGAUGCGAAAGCGUGAUGAGAAUACCAGUCGUUACGAUCGAUGCAACAACACCAUCAUAUGGAAGUGUGGGUUUGUUUUUCGGCCGAGACGUGCGGACGAAACUAAUAAGGCGUCUACGCGCCAAGGAGAGUUAUUCACAGUCUCAACAGACUGGGCGAGCGAGCGGCAUAAAUUGGGGGAUGUGCUGCAAUACUGUUGGGCCAUUAAUCCUCCGCUUCCGUGUUUCCAUAUUAAUCGGAAAUACAACAAAGUCUCCAAGUAUGUCGGCCGCAGCACUGCUGGGAAGGACGUGGAUCUCAAUGGCAAGUCUCAAACAUGUGACGCGGACGCCUCUCCGCAAUUGGAGUCAUCAACAUCGGUCCACGUGUGUGAUACGGAGCAAGGUGCAGGCCGCCUUGCUCCCUCCACAGUCACGGAGCCGCCGCCACACGAGGAGACACAGCAGGAUUCCUUCGCGAAUGCCGCUGAAGCCUCUGAUAGUGCCUCUGAGAAGCCUGUCCUGGUGAAGUCACCGGUGCCAUUUGGUCCUCUAGAUUCAACUUGCUUGUUUGAACAGCAUCCUGGUAGCCGUGCAAAGGUGGAGGGAUUUUUGUCCGCUGGCAGAUGGGCUAUUCUAGCAAAAGCGGAGCGUCUUGGAAGCCAGGAGAAAUAUUUUCGCUUGAACCCCAGUGACACUCUCAACGAGGCGCUACGGGUGCUCUUUUUUAUAAAUGAAUACCCGGUGUUUACUGUUGUUUAUGAGGCUGAUUUGCCGCACUACCCGCUCGUGACCAGUGAGGACAAGGAGGCUAUUCGAGAAAGCUUUCGCGUAGAUGGCAAAAGGAAGCCUCCUACAGGGGAUUGCGGGGAAAGUAUGUCAAGUGGGAACUUGCGGAAGCUGAGUCAAGCACGGGACAGGCAAUGUUGGGGGCAGGGCCCACCACAUUUCAGAGGGAGCGAAAGGCCUCGCAAAGAUUCUGGAUUUAGUCAGAGGGAUUCUCAUGGGCAUGUUGGACGAAAUCCCAAAAGGCCUCGUGACGAUAACGUCAGGUCCAGAUCAGCAAGACUUUUUUACCAGAGGAAGACCAGUUAA